AUGGUCGAGCUUUUGGCCAACGAGUCCGUCGACGAUGCCUCCAAGCAGGCCUACUGCAAGAAGGAGUUCCGGGAAGUGGCCGCAAAGUCCAAGUCUCUGGACUCCAAGAUCAAAUCGCUGACUGCCAGCGUGAAGGAGAAGAAGACCGCCAUAGCCAAGCUCGCCGGUGACAUUUCUGCCCUGCAGGCGGGAGUCAAGUCUUUGGACGAGUCCGUGGCGAAGGCUGGCGAGAACAGGAAGGCUGAGCACAUCGAGUACCAGGAGAGCAUGUCCUCCAACUCGGCCUCGCUGGAUUUGCUGACGCUCGCCCGAGAUCGCAUGAACAAGGUCUACAACCCCACGAUGGUCACGGAGACGACCACCAAGAGCCCAUAUGCUCUCUCUUUCUUCCAGCGGACCUCAAGGAAAGUGCAGCAGCCUCCUCCUACUUUCGAGGGCGCCUACGAAAAGAAGGGCGAGGAAAGCAACGGCGUCCUGAAGAUGAUCGACACGCUGUCCAGCGACAUCGAGAAGGAAAUGGCCGUCGCCAAGACCGAAGAAGAGGAUGCUCAGGAGGACUACCAGGAGACGAUUGCCGAUGCCGCCAAGAAGCGAGAGGCAGACAUGGCUCUCGCUGCUUCGAAGGCUCAGGACAAGGCCGACCUUGAGAGUGACCUGAACGACGAUAAGAAAGAGAAGGCAGGCACGACGCAGGAGUCUGCAGCAGCUGCGAAGUACACUUCCGAGCUCCACAGCGAGUGUGACUGGCUCCUGGAGCAUUUCGACCUGCGAGAGCAAGCGCGCACCGAAGAGAAGGAAAGCCUUAUCCGCGCCAAGACUGUUCUGGGGGGCAUGUGA